AUGGCAAAGAGAGGAGAUCCAAAGACACUAGUGUUGAAUAACUUUGAAGAAUUAAAAUUUGUUGACAAUAUAUACUGCCCAUAGCGUGGACAAUUACGAUUAUUUAGAUUUCAUCCUUUUGCAAAGUACAAUUGUAAGUUCUUAACAGAUAUAUGGUUUCGAAAUUGGUGUGUUCUGUUCCAGUUUAAUAGAUGGAUGUAAAUCAAUAAUAGCAAUUACUUAAAUAAUAUAAGGAACGUUGCAAGAUUAAACAACCACAUAUAUUCUAUUCGAUAGAAAGUGAAAGCCAAAAAACAAUGAAACUAGGUUAAUUUGGAUAGACAGAAGUAUUUUAAAUAUUUGUUUUUUUUGAAUAUGGUCAAUUAACUCUUCAUGAAUUAACAGAAAGAAGAUAAGCAAAGAGAUAUUUGAUACCUGAACCAGAAGUUUGGUGUCUUAUUAAAGGAGUAAUGCAAGCUUUACAUUUCUUUUAAAACAAUAAUAUUCCUCAUGGUAUGAUCACCACUAAGACUAUCUAUUUUGAUGAAGAGUAUCUCUUAUAUAGAGUUUAUGAUUAAGAAUUAAUUGGUGGUAGAUGGGGCAAUUUUAAUAAAUAUUAGUAAACAAAAGAUCCUGAAAUUUAAGUGUUUUUAGCUCCAGAAACUAAACCAUUUAUCAAUUCUGAGGCUAAUCUAUUAGACACAGCAUAAAUUAACCCGUUUAAAGUAGAUGUAUUUGCUUUUGGGUAAUUAUUUAUUAUUAUUAAUAGAAUUGUACUUUUACAAAGUUUAACCCUCUUUUAAGCUUUCGAAAAUCCUUUGAAAUGGUUAGAUCAAUUCUAUUCUAAGAAUUUAAUCACAUUUAUUACUUAAUGCAUUCAACCUGAUCCUAAUAAGCGUUAAGAUUGGAUUGGAUUAUAUCAAUUGCCACUAGAGCCAAGCCAAGACCAAAAAAUUAACGAAAGAAACUCUUUGAUAUAAUCUCAUUUUGAGAAUAGAGGCUAAAAAACAUUUAGAUGAAUUAUAUUAAAUUAUUAUGAG